AUGCUAUCAAAGGAUAAUCCUAGUGUCUGCGGAUUUACUUUGACUCGAGAAGACAAAAAGAAGUUGGCGGUGACUCUUGCCUUUUGUUUUAUUGUGAAAGUUGCCAUUGGCAACACCGUUCUUCAAAGUUCAUGCCAAUUUGACCUGGAAACAACUGUGUCAAAGAGUUUGGAACUAUUGAAAAACGCUCUUGGAAGAGGUGAAUGUCCUGUUUCCUGUCCGGACGGCUGGAUUGAAUACCAGGGAUCGUGUUAUCUGUUCGGAAACACUGCGGGUAAUUUCGCACAGUCAGAGGAAUUUUGUGCUGAGAAUGGAGGAUACCUUGUCCACAUCAAUAACUCAAGCGAGAACGACUUAUUUAAAGACUCUGCCCGAGAAAGAUCAAGUCGAGACUACUGGAUUGGUCUGACGGACAGGGAGACAGAGGGCGUAUUUAAAUGGCUGGACGAUGGCUCACAGCUGGAUGGCUUCACAGAUUGGCCAACAAGUCAACCAGACGAUUAUCGUUCCAAUGAGGAUUGUGCAAUUAUACAUUCAGCGUAUGAUUUCAAAUGGAACGACGGUGUCUGCAAUAGUAAUUCACCCUAUCCACUGUGUGAACGAAUGAAUUAG